GAUUACAUAUUUAGGCGCACGCGGAAGUGGUUGCAAUCAAUUUCCUUUUCCUAAAAAAUUUCAAAUAUUAAUUGCAAACUUUAUCGAAAACUUUUCUUGCAAUGUUAUCUUCUUGACUGUUUUAAAUUUGUGUCAAAAUAUAAAUAGUGCUUACGUGAUUGAAAGGAAUACCUAGUUUUACUAUGGAGGUGUCCGAUAUAAACGAUUUGUUAAACGUAAGGUCUAUAAAAAUGGAAACUGGAGAGAGUUCUUUUAGUGAAGAUGCUCAUUGUGUGGAGAAUUCCGAUCCAUUAUCGGUAAUACCGCAAUACGUUACUGAAUCAGACUUAGGUUUACUUCCAACGGGUUCGGAGAUAUUGGAAGCUCCUUUGGCUGUGUUCACAGACCCUCAGGAUGACGAGGACACUAUGCAAAGCAACGACUCAAGUGAAGAAGUGAUCAUUCAGCUCAUGGAUAUUAGGACGAAAUUGUCUCGUUUGAAAUCUAUGUUGGAACGUCGUCUGAACACAGAUCUCUCCGAUUACACAUUCUGGCUCCAAGAUGCUAAAAUGCUGGAAAAUCACAAGACGCUAGUUGAACAAUGUAUCCGGGGAUCCGGCUUGGUGCAAGUUAACAUACAAAUAAGAUCUUCGCAGAAGAAAAUUAACAUUAUGGAUGUGCUGAAGCCCGACGAAGAGCUGCUACAGCUGCCUCAAGACGAUGAGCUGUCCGAAUGUGACUCGGUGCCUCCUAUAGAGGUUCAGACGCCUCAUGCAGCGGGUGUCAAGUGGAUUGUGGACACAAGCUUCAGGAACGAUCACAGUCGAGCUCGGAUCCCAGAAGACCCGAUGCAGUGGUCGGUUCAGCACGUCCGUCUGUGGAUACAGUGGGCUGUUCGGCAGUUUUCACUGAUGGGUUUGAAGCUAGCUGAUUGGAGUCUCACCGGUGCGGAACUGUGUGAAGUCACCAAUGUUGAAUUCAAGAAAAAAGUGCCUUCGGAUCCCGGGGAUCUAUUUUGGACGCAUUUUGAAUUGCUACGAAAAUGCAAAUUUAUUGCCGUCGUCCAAAACGAGGGCCCUGUAAAAGACUCGCUAGAAAUCCCGCAGUCAGCUAUCAAGAAAAAACCGAAACAGCUGAUAAUCCGCCAAUCAGACGACACCUGCCACUACGUCACUAGGAACGGCAACAACGGCCAGAUCCAGCUGUGGCAGUUCCUGUUGGAGCUGCUCACGAGCGCCGAGUACUAUGACGUCAUCAGGUGGCACGGUACCUCCGGUGAAUUCAAACUUUUGGAACCGGAGAGAGUGGCUAGACUGUGGGGUGUCAGGAAGCAUAAGCCGGCCAUGAAUUAUGAGAAGCUGUCUCGGGCGCUGAGAUAUUACUAUGACGGGGACAUGAUAGCCAAGGUCGCUGGGAAGAGGUUUGUCUACAAAUUUGUCUGUGAUCUACACCAACUCUUGGGUUACGGGGCAUCGGAGUUAGCUGAGCUGGUCGAUGAAGCCAGGGAAAUGGAGACCAGGGGUUGAACCUGUGUAUGACUGGUAUAAAAUAGUAUAGGGUAUUCCGAGAUGUUACUUAUGUUUUAGUAGAAGUUGCAUCUUAUAUAGUAUAUUUUUAUUGUAAAUAAGUUUUUUUCUUGUAUAAAUGAUAAUAUUUUCAUAAUGAUGCCUAAUUCUAAUCUUGUGUUAAGAUUUUAUUGUUUGAUCUUAUCUCUGUUACUUUUAAUGUUUGUGGAAAACAAAUGUGUAUUAUAAAAAUAUGAAAUAAGCAUGUUUCUUGUAUGAAUAAAGUUUAAUGUUGUUGUG